AUGACGCUCGUGCCUAACCUGGCGCUGAAGCAAGCGAUCGACGAGUUUGCGUCGUACGACUGCCUCCACGGCUGUUUCCUUCUCGUAUCUACAGGCUUGCACACGGCGUUCCUCUGCCCACUUACCCAUGCCCUCAUGACAGAUCCCGUGGUGCUCGCGUGCGACGGACACUCGUACGAGCGCGCGUCGCUCAUGGCGAGCCGCCGACACUUGAACCAUUACAUAUUGGUGGAUUCCAUGGCCGAAGACGACGCGAUGGUGGCCCAUACCACCCGACGGCCCGAGAACGCCGCGUGCGUCUACGUUGGCGAAGUCUUGUCGUCCAAUGCAACCUUCGUCACGCACAACAUCGAGGUGCUCGAGGUAGAUGACCGAGUCGUUAGUUUGCCCACCGCGGAGUUCGGACCGUACAACCUGUCAAGCCCUGAUCGAGCUCCAGUGGAGCCAAACUGCCGCCCGACCAACGCCCGAGUGCUGAGCAUGUUUCCACCGACCACUUCGAUCGAAUGCAUUGUCGAUCGCGACGGGGAUGUGUCGGCGAGUCACCUGCUUCUCGUCGCGAUUCAAGUCGAUGCGAAUGUCGUGAUCUGCCGCGACUGGACGAAACCAUAUCGUCCGCACUUCAUUGCAUCCAACACGCCCGACUGGGCCCGGCGACUCGAUUUGUGCGCCUCCAACGCAUUGGCCAACACCUUGCGCAGCACCCUCGACAACGUCCUCCUUCCGACCACCGUCGACAGCAACGACGACGGGUUCUUGGUCGAGGCCGACAGCCUGGUCACGACCAACCUCUCCGCGCCGCUCAAAGUGUGUAGCUACAAACCUGGGGCGUGUCUGCGGAGGUGA